AUGGCUGGUAAAAAGAGGUCUAAAUCAGCUAUUGAAGAAAGAACUGGAAAAAGAAGAAAGCAGGAAGAUGAAUUAUUGGCUGGAGGGUUCUUUACUAAAGAACAAAUACAAGAUAUUGGUGAUUCAACUCCAUUAAAAAAUUCUUGGGAAGACGACGAACAGGAUUAUGAACUGAAGCCAAGAAGCUUAGCAUACACAGCAGAUGUUGUGGAAGGACUUCCAAUCAAAAUUAACGGAAAGGUAGAAAGAGUCCUGCAUGAAGUGUCUCAAGUAUCUACAGUUUCCAAAGAUGAAAGUGAAGAAGAGUCUGAAGGAAGCCAAGAAGAACAAGAGUCUGAUAGUAAUGAUGAUACAGGUGAAGUCGCUGAUACAGAGGAGGCAAUAAUACAACUGAAGGAAGAAAUAGCUGAUCUUGUUGAAAAACUAAUGGAAGAAGCCGACGAAAAUAUCAGUGCCCUAACUCGUCUCCGUAAGAUGGCGCAGUCAAAGAACCCGAACACAUGCAAAUUUUCGAUGCUUGCACUUGUCCCUGUAUUCAAAAGCAUCAUACCGGGUUAUAGAAUAAGGCCUUUGACAGAAGCGGAGAAAAAAGAAAGGGUUUCCAAAGAUGUUGCAAAAUUGAGAAACUUCGAAGAAACGUUGGUUUUGAAUUAUAAAGCGUACCUUGAUUUGCUGGCUAAAUUAGCCAAAACCCCAAAUAAUGCGAGCCAAAAGGAUAUUUCUCUGGGAAACUUGGCAGCAAAUGCCGCGACUGAGCUAGCUACCUCCGCGUCGCAUUUCAAUUUUAGAGCAGACCUGCUCACUAUAUUAAUUCGCCGUAUCUGUAAGCCUAACCCUUUGUCUGAUCCGGUUUUUAAAAAGAUAAUUGCAACUUUAGAGUCGUUGUUGAAUGAAGAUCAGGAGGGAAAUGUAUCCUCAGAGAUUGUAAGAAUUCUGGCGAAAACACUCAAAACACGGAAGUUCUUGGUCGAUGAAUCGGUCUUGAAUAUUCUACUUUCUUUAGACGUCUUACAGGAUUAUGAUCCUAACACAAAAACGGAAGAACCAACGAGAAUCAAAUUAAAGAAAAAGAAUAGAGUACAUCUUUCUAAGAAGGAAAGAAAAGUAAGAAAAGAAACCAAAAAGAUUGAGGAAGAAAUGCGCAGUGCAGAACAAAGUGUUUCAGCAGAGGAAAGAGAGAAGAACCAAUCUGAAAUUUUGAAGACUGUUCUUUCCUUGUAUCUAUUCAUCUUGAAGAUAAACAACUCGAAAUUGGUAGGUUCUGUACUGGAAGGACUGUCCAAAUUCGGACGCAUGGCGAAUUUCGACUUAUUGGGUGAUUUUCUAGAAGUUAUGAAAGAAAUCAUAGUCAGCACUGAAUUGAACGAUUUAUCACCUACUGAAAUGCGUAAGGUCUUGCUGUGUAUAGUUACAGCUUUUUCGCUAGUGGCUAGCCAAAACUAUAUGAAGGUUUCUGUUGAUUUAUCUUCUUUUGUUGACGCGUUGUAUACCAUUCUUCCUAUGCUAUCUUUGGAUGCGGACAUUGAGUUUUCACACAAAUCCUUGAGAUUAGCCGAUCCUUUGAAUAAUGAACUUGCAAAGCCAUCCGUAAACGUUUCAACGAAGGCUGAGCUACUUUUGAAGGCAUUAGAUCAUGUUUUCUUCAGAUCGAAAUCUGGUUCGAAACUUAGAGCUAAAGCGUUCGCUAAGCGAAUGUAUAUUGUUGCUGAAAAUACACCCGAGAAGACUACCAUUGCAAUUUUAAAGUUCUUGGAUAAACUAAUGAGUCGAUACCCAGAAAUUGGAGGGCUUUAUUCGACAGAUGAUCGCAUUGGGAAUGGUGUCUUUCAUAUGAAUGCCGAUAUACCUUCCAGAAGUAACGCUGAGGCAGCCACAGUUUGGGAAAAUGCGCUGCUCCUGAAGCAUUAUAGCCCAACUGUUGGAAAGGGUGUCAGAGCAUUGAUGGAGAAAUCCAGAGAUUUCACGAAAUAA